UCUAGGCGGGACUCCUUCGUACUAUCCAGAAGUUCUGUUAUCAGGGUUGUAUUGCCAAGCCCUAUAUUCACGCGUUAUCGGCAGGGGUGAGGUGAUCCCCAACUUUUGUCGAGCGGUAGAUAAAAAACACCUUUGGUAAACCAAAUCCACUUUUGCAGGUAGAACUUUGUUUAUCAACCAGAUAAGAGGAAAUAAGAAGAGACGUGGAAACCGUGGUAAACAUAUUCACCAAGCUUCAGGUGGCAUGACAUCCACGCCCUUCCCGCGACAACCAGCCCGGCUUAUCAGUGGCGUUUUUGGCGCGGAUUUGCAGCCACACCAUGCGUUUUGUUUGGUCGAAAUGCGGGGAAGCAGUGUUCGAUGUGACUCUGCGAUACGAGCUGUGACUCCUAUAAGAUAAGCGAGGGGACCCUGAAGCUUCUCCAGGGCAGCUCUUCCCGCAACACAACACCAUGAGCGACAAGAUCAAGCCCUCCGCCGCCCCCCAUGGCGAUCUCGAAACCGCCCCCGAGGUCAAGACCGGCGCGCUACAGGCCAUGGUCGAGGCUGACCUGCUGGAUGACCGAUACCAGAACACCCAGCGUGGGCUCAAGAACCGACACGUCCAGCUAAUGGCCCUGGGCGGCACCAUUGGCACCGGCCUGUUCGUGGGUUCUGGACAAGCCCUCAAUAUCGGCGGCCCCCUCUCCCUGUUCCUAGGCUAUGUCUUCAUCUCAACCCUCGUCUACUGCGUCGUCACCGGCAUUGCAGAGGUUGGCGCAUACCUGCCCGUGCACGGCGGCACCAUGAGCUACCACGGCUUCCGCUACGUCUCGCGCAGCAUGGGCUUCGCCAUGGGCUACCUCUACUGGUACUCGCUGGGCAUCCUGGUCCCCUACGAGAUUGUCGCCGCCUCGCUCGUCAUCGAAUACUGGCCCAACCCUGUGCACCUCGCUGUCUGGAUCACCAUCAUGAUCGUGGUCAUCGUCGUGCUCAACUACUGCCCCGUGGGCGUCUACGGCGAGACCGAGUUUUGGUUCGCCAGCAUCAAGAUCAUAACCCUAAUCGGCCUGCUGCUGCUCUCCUUCAUCCUCUUCUGGGGCGGCGGCCCUGAUCGCCAACGCCUGGGCUUCCACUACUGGAAAGACCCUGGCGCCAUGAAUGCAUAUUUGGUCACCUCAAACAAAGACACCGGCCGCUUCAUCGGCCUCCUGCAAUGCAUCGUCAAGUCCGCCAUCGCCUUCAUCUUCGCCCCCGAACUCAUCAUCGUCACCGCCGGCGAGAUGGAAUCCCCCCGCCGCAACGUCCCCAAGGCCGCAAGACGCUACAUCUACCGCCUCGUCAUCUUCUACCUCCUCGGCGCCCUCGCCAUCGGCGUCAUCUGCUCCUCCCAAGACCCCGCCCUCCUCACCGGCAACACAGACAACGCAUCUGCCUCCCCUUUUGUCGCCGCCAUCCAAAACUCCGGCAUCCCCGUCCUGCGCCACAUCGUCAACGCCGCAAUCCUCACCUCCGCCUGGUCCGCCGGCAACUCCUUCCUAUAUAUGUCCUCACGCUCUCUCUACGGCCUCGCCGUCUCCGGAAACGCCCCCUCAAUCUUCAAAACAUGCAACCGCUGGGGCGUGCCCUAUAUCGCCGUCACAGCAUCCUCCCUCUUCUCCCUCCUUUCCUACCUCGCCGUCUCCUCCGGCUCCUACACCGUCUUCAACUGGCUGAUCAACUUCACAAACACCUCCGGCUUCAUCUCCUGGAUCUGCUGCUGCAUCGUGUACUUCCGGUUUAGCGCCGCCGUGAAGGUCCAGGGGAUUGAGAAGCCGUAUAAGAGCCGCCUGCAGCCUUACGGGAUCUACAUCGGUUUGUGUCUGGCCGUGUUGAUGCUGCUGAUUAAUGGCUUCACUUGCUUUUUCCCGUCGAAUUGGAGCGCGUCGAACUUUUUCACGGCGUAUAUUGGCAUUCCGGCGUUUGUGCUGCUUUAUGUCGGUCAUCGCGUGGUGUUUUGGGGGGAUCCGUGGGUGUGGAAGAGUAAGGAUGUGGAUUUGCAUACGGGGUUGGAGGAGAUUUUGGCGGCGGAAAGGCCGCCGAAGCCCAGGGAUACGAUUGGGAGGAAAUUGAUGGCUUUGGUUGAGUAGGCUUGCUUCAGUUUUUUUUUUUUUUUUUUUCUUCUUGUAUUUAUUUCGUGUUCUAUGGUGAAUGAUGCAGUUA